AUGAACCUUGGCGACAGGACGAAGGGGAAGUACGUCCCACCCCGGAGGAUUCCGGCUUCCGCCCAAAAGUUCGAGCUGGAAGAUUCGAUGGAGUCUUCUUCACGCAGGAAACCACGACUACGACGCGAAGUCGCGGACUACGAUGACCCCAUGGAGAAGCAGUACUCCCCGGCAAUGGCCGAGCGAAGUCCUGUGUACACGCCGGCUGAUGUUUACAAGGCUCGUAAACAUCGGGCAUUGACGGGAAAAUCGACGAAUAUGUAUGGACAAGCUAUGAGCAAUGAUGAUUUGUAUAGGAUGAUUCAUAAUUCGAGUGGCACUCAGGCGAAAAGUUCGGUCGACAGUCUGGUGGCUAGGAAGGAUGGGAGACGACAGAGAAUUGGUCAGGGGGCAUUGAGUCUCAUUGCUGAUGAGGAUGAGGAGGAAGAAGUGUCUGAACCUGAAUAUACUUGCGAGCCAAGACCAAAAGCCUUCGAAGACGACGAAGCAGAUGACGAAAUAGACUACGAAUCCGACCAAUACGGAGUUGAUCGCCUGGACCAAGUGAAGGACUACAGAAGAUUCUCCCAGAAAUCAGUGGAGCCUGACACCCUCAAGCAACAGUACGAAGAGUGGCUGGAGCAGAGGAGAUCCCAGAGUCUACGAGAAAUGGAUAAAGCACAAGCUCUCAAGUACGAACGUCGGGGAAAGUCGAGCUUGAAGCCUGUAGAGGAGCCUCCUGAACACCGGAAACAUGUGGGAAUGCACAAAUGCAGUGAGUGCGGAACUUAUCGUCUCAAGACGUUGGACAGUCAAGUCAAGCCUGGGUUGAGGGGUGGGCGUAUGAUGUACGAUUACCCGGAGUUUCCACGAGAUUUUUCAGGGAAAUGCUCGAAAUUCCAAGAUCCACGUGAAGAAAUACCGUGUCCGAAGCCAAGGAAAUCCAAGAACAUCUCGAGACAUCGUGAACAGAAGAAAACGAUCAGUCAUUCACCCUCGAAAAUCGACACCUACUAUGAUGAAUAAUUCGACGACAUCGAGAGAGUCCAACUGCCAAGCAUUCGCCAAGAACAAUCCAAAAUAUUUUCGUUUCAUAAUCAAAUGGAUGGCAAAGUGGUAACAAGUCGGUUUCAGAAAAAAAAUUUCGUAGAAAA